CGCAACAGGAAGUAGCAGCAGCAGAGACAGGAGAGUCCCAGCUGUACGAUCAGACAUCAGAAAUAAUCAAUAAUCCAUACACAGAGCUGAUCAGACAGAGCUCAGUGCUGUCCACCUGUUCUACCUGUGAUGAUGUCAGCACUGCAGCUUCCAUGCUGAGCUGCGGCUGCAGGUGAUCAGAGGUCACUGAUAAUCAAUAAUCCAUACAGACAGUUGGCGGCGGUGUGAGGUCGUGAUGAUGUCAGCACUGCAGCUUCCUGCCGAGCUGUGGCUGCAGGUGUUCAGCUUCCUGUCCUGGAGAGACAAACUGAGCGUUCGCUGCACCUGUUCACACUUCAGACACCUGCUGGAUAAGUCCCGCCCCCUGUGGCGAGGCUUCAACGUCGUGCUGCGAAACUUCUCACGAUACAACCGACCGUUCUGGCGCAGCCUGGCUCAGAGGCACGUGGGCAGUGUGUCAGUGCGCUCAGGUAAGAGGAAACACCUGAAGCAGCUCUCUACCUGGCUUCCUGCUCUCGACGCGCUGCGAUUGGACGACUGGGUGGAGGGAGGAGCCGACGAGCUGAAACAGUUCCGCUGGCUGCAGCGUCUGUCCGUCACUUCCUCUUCCGCGCCGCUGAAGAAUGUCGACUUCCUGUUUCCUCUGAGUCAUCAGCUGAAGCAGCUCAGCCUCUGUAAUGUGCAGCUCACCUGUCCCGCCCCUCACCUGUUGGCCGCCAUCAGUCAGCUGACCCGUCUCACCUCACUGCUGCUGCACCACGACGGCAGUCUGAGAGUGCCGACGCUCAGCGGCGUCCUGACUCACCUGACUGAGCUCAAACACCUGUCCUGGACCAUGAUCACCUACAAGACACUGUCACGUGACUUCUUCAGCCCCACCCACCUCACAGCAGGUGGCGCUCUGCAGCUGUCUGACCUGCAGUUGUUGGACUACGACGCCGUGGUGACACAGGAAGUCCUGCAGCCUUUGUCCCGCCUCCGCAGCCUGUCCAUCUUCCACCUGUACUCUGUACCUGGACCCACCUGUCACCUGCAAACAUGGCUGACGACACUGCCGCACCUUCACAGCCUCAACGUGCACGGAGGCCACCCCCUGGCGGCGUACGCUGACUUCCUGCCCUCCUCCCUCCUCAGUCUGACUCUCUGUGUGGAUCUGCAGCCUGAAGACCUGCAGGUGGUCUCACACAGAGCUCCUCACCUGGAACACCUGCACCUGGAGCCCUGGAGCUCCUCCUCCAACCUGGUCCGCCUGCUUCCACAGCUGUUCCCUCACCUGAGGACGCUCCGGAUCAG